GGGGGGGGACACCACAAGAGACAAGAAGGAGUGAGAGGACGAGGAGAGAGGAGAGAGUGAGGAGUUGGAAGGAACGGACUCGGACUCAGAUUACACAAACAGGCCUGAACAGACUCCCAAGAUGUCGAAGCAAAAGGAAUACAGUCCUGUAAAGAUCAGCAAGAGUCAGGCCACUGACCUGGCUCUGGUGAUUUCUCGCAUGCAGAAGAAUGCAGACCAAGUAGAGAAGAAUAUCCUGCGAUCAGAGGAGCUGCUGGCUUUGGACAUAGAGCGCGAUGGGGAGAAUCUGCCUCUGAUCCACCAGAAGGUGAACACAGACAACCUGGCAGAGGCUGAGGGGCUGCUGAAGGAUCUCUUCAUGGACGUGGACAAGUCCAAGAGGCUGCAGCAUCCGCAGGCAACUGAGAUAGAGAGAGAUGUUAGAAAUCUGCAUGAUCGCUGGGCGAAGGACUGCGCCACCUACAGGGAACUGUAUGGCCAGGUGCAAGAUUUGGAGCCGACGCAAAAGAUCGAUUGGGGUCCUCUGCUGGAUGAAAAACUGAAAAAGCUAAAUUCAGAGGUAUAUGGCCCCAACCUGCCUGAUGUAGAGAAGCAGAUUGCAGCACAUAACAUUCUGCACCAGGCGAUCGAGGCCUACAGCGCCCAGCUGAACCCCAGCACUACCUCUUCACAGGAGCAGUACGCCACCCUCAAAGAUAAAUAUGCUAAACUUUUUGAGAGCUCCCAGCAGAGACGCGUCCACCUGGCCUCUCUGUACGAAUACAUGCAGAGCUGCAAUAAGGAACUGGCCUACCUGUCGGGCCAGAAGGAGAGGAUCCUCCAAAGAGACUGGAGUGAUUGCAUGGUCGACCCCCCAGGCGUCCGCAUGGAGUAUGAGAAAUUCAAAAAUAAUGGACUACUAGCACAUGAGAAUGAGAUCAACCAGCUGCAGGCGGAAGGAGAUCGUCUUGUUGAGAUGAAACACCCUGGCAGCCCAACAAUAAAGGCACACAGAGAUACUGUGCAGGCUGAGUGGCAAGAUUUCCUCAACUUGUGCCUAGCACAGGAAACACACCUGGACAACAUUGAAGACUACAAGAAGUUCCAGCUGGAUGCAGAGACGUUGUCCAAGUCCCUGGAGAGACUCGUUUCCACUCUGGACCCAAAGACUCUGUCCGACAAGAGCAACCCUGAGGUCCUGUUGGCGCUGGAGGGAGAUGAACCAGCAGUAAAGAGGAAUGAGCAGCGUCUUGCUGCUCUCAGGGAGCUCAGCAGCAACGUCGUGCCUCUGAAGUUACGCCGAAUCCAGCCCACCAAACCCACCACUGUAGUGUCCCUGUGUGACUGGAAAGAUGAAGAGGACACAGUGAGGCGUGGUGAGACGCUAAACCUAAAGUCCAACUUUGAUAAUAAGAACUGGGAGCUUCUGAGCAGCAGUGGGAAGACCAGAACCCUCCCUGGGGUAUGUUUCAUGAUUCCACCACCUGAUGCUGAGGCCCUGGAGAAAGUAAACAGUCUGGACAGAGCACUGACAGACCUGAAGAGCCAUAGAUCUGCAAUUAUGGCCUCCUUGAAGAACCCCACUGUGGAGGUGGUUCGCCCUCAGAAGGCAGCCGCCGUACAAAGUGCUCCAGAGGAUCCCAAAGCUGCAGAGCUAGCAAGUAAAAUAGACAACAUCAACAGAGCUCUGGAUCAGAGCAAAAAAGAAAUCCUGAGUCGACUCAGAGCCCCGCUAGACACCCGAAACCCCACCCAAGACCUGGUGAACAGGCUGCAAGAGCAUGAGAAAUCUGCUCAGACAUUAAGAAAGCUGGAGUCUGAGAAGUCUGCGGUCCAGAGAGAGAUGGACCCUAUUCUGGCCAAGAAACCCCUUGGACCCACUGCCUCCACCCUGCCCCUCAAACUCAGUGCCGCCAACAACAAGAUUGAUGACAUCAACACCCUUAUCGAUCUUUAUAAUAAAAAAGCUACAGCCUCCAUGUUCCUAGAAAAGCAGGCACAGAAUGUGGAAGGCAUCGUCUCUGGGUUUGAGGAGCAGCUAGCUAAAGAUGGUGCCAUUUUUGAUCAACCUAAUGCCCUCCCGAGUCGCAACCAGCAGCUGCAGGUUAUGCGUAUGGAUGUCGCCUCAAAGAAGGAUGAGUUCAAUAAAUUGGGGAGAGACUUGGACAUGACAGAGCAAGCAUGCAGCUCCCUGCAGCAGAGUUUCAAUGAAUACUGUCCUGACAUCCGCCGCCAGGAGAAUGAUGUGAAACAGCUGAAAAACCGUUACGCGAUUGUCAAUAAUCAGCUCCAGGAAAGGUCUGCUCUCACACAGAAAGCAACAAAUAAAAAACAAGAUUUCCAGAAUGCUGCUCAGUCACUGGAUUUCUUCUUGGUCAAUUUGCCCAAUAAUACAAUCAGACCUACUGAUGAUGUGGCACAGAUAACAGCCAAGCAAAACUCUCAGAAGAAAGUGAUGGAGGAUAUCAAGAGGAAAUCAGGUGAUUUAGACAAACUCAAGUUUCUUUCCCGUGAUCUGCAGAGUGUCUUAAAUGAGUAUGAGGUUAAGUCAAACACUUACCGUGGCACUCUGAAUGAUGACAAUGAUGAUGAUGGCGAUGAUGACAAUGAUAAUGAACCAAUCCUAAAGAAACGUCAAACUAUGGCUCAAUCUAUACAGAGAAAGGAGAAAGAUCUACUGAACCGUUUCUCUGAGGUGUCUGCAGAAAAUGACCAGCUACUCAGCCAGUUGGGGAUUGUGAAGAGCAUCAAGGCCAGGAGUGAAGAGAAAAUUAGUCAGGUAGUCGUCAAUCAGCAGCUCCAGCUACAGAGCCAAAAGAAGGACCUGAGGGAGAGUGAUAGUCUGAAAAAUGAAUUAAGUGAGGAGAUUGCCAGGCGCUUACAUGCUGAAAAAGACCUGGAAACAUACCGUAAGAGGUUAGUGUCUCUGAAGGGUAGGAGAGGAGUGGAGAGGUUGGAGGAGAAGGAGGUGGUGCAAUACUACCGUGACCCCAAAUUGGAGGUGGAACUACAGUCCCUGAAAAAUCAGAUCCAGGAUGAAGCAUUCAAGAGAUCAGGAACCCAUUCAGAGUUAGAAAUUAUCAAUGACAAGAUUAUCAAAUUGGAAAUACAGCUGACCAGAAUCGAACCUAAAAUGGUGACCAAGUUACUAACUGAAUAUGAGAGAGACCCACAGCUUGACAAAGAAGCUGCCAAUAUUAGAGAUGAGAUGCAGAGGAUACGACUGGAGCUCCAAACGAGAGAUACUGAGGCAGUUCAUGUGAAAACUGAGCUCACGGUUCUUUCUCAGCAGAAACCAAAAAUCAGGGAGAAGGUUGUUAAGAAAGAAGUGGUGAGGCUUGAAAAAGAUCCACAGAUGCUGAAAGCUGUUCUCACGUUCCAGAGUGAUAUUGCGGAGGAGGAAUCCCAGUGCAAGUCACUCAAUGAUAGCAUUUUUAGAAUAAGGAGCCAACUAAACACACUAGAAAGGGUCAUUCCCACCAUCCAACCUAAGAUAGUCACCAAGGUGGUGAAGCAAGUACAGCAAGAUCCAGAAAUGCUUGAAGAGUCGAAGAAACUACGAAUGGCCUUGGAAGAGGAGAAAGAUGAGAACGUUAUAUUGAUGAAGGACCUGACCACUCUUCAGCUACGUUAUGGUGAAGUGGACAAGCUCAGGCAUAAAGUCGAGGUCAAGGAGAUCAUCAAUGAGAUCUACAGAGUUGAUCCUGAGACAGAAGUCGUGCUGGUGCGUCUGAGGAAAGAGCUGCAGGAUUUAAGCCGUAACCGUACAGACCUGGAGAAAGAAAUCAAUACUGUGACAGCGACUCUGACUACCCUGCGCGCACAAAAACCCAAAGUGGAGUACAAGGAGGUGACCCAGGAGGUGAUCAAAGAAGAGAAAAGCCCAGAGGUCAUUAGGGAAUUGCAAAGGCUGAAUAACCAAGUCUCCCGUCUGCAAGUCAACUGUGACACCACCCUAGAGCUGCUGACCCACCUACGUAAAGAAAGAGAUGAGUUGAAAGCUGAAAAAUCCAUCGUGGAGACCAAGCUAGUUAAUAAAGAAGUCAUCAAAUAUGAGAAUGAUCCUCUCCUUGAGAAAGAGGCUGACAGGCUUCGGAGGAAUGUAAGAGAAGAGAUUCACCAACGCCGCAGUGUGGAGGAGUGUCUCUUUGACCUCCAGAACCAAUACAUUGUCCUUGAAAGGCAGAAGCCAGAAGAGAAGAUUGUAAUGCAGGAAGUAGUGCGUCUUCAGAAGGACCCCAAGCAGAUCCUGGAGCUUGAUAAGUUGAACAAGACCCUGGAUGAUGAAGUGAAAGCCCGUAGAAAGCUUGAAUUGGAGGUCAGACAGCUCAGAGCCCUGGUUCAAGAAAAAGAGAGUACCCUGGCUCAGAUGGAUGAUCGUCAAAAGAAGAUUCAAGUAGAGUCAGAGCUCAGGCAGAUCAAAUCUCGCAUUCUUGAUCUGGAAAACGCUCCAGCGCCCGUUGAAGAGAAGAUUGUCAUAGAGGAGGUCCUGAAAGUGGAGAGGGACCCUAAGCUGGAAAAACUUACUGAUGGUAUACGUGUCGACUUGGAGGCUGAGGGCACCAAUAUCAGUCAUCUAGAGAGAGAAAUCCGCAACCUUAAGAUCAAGUUGGAAAUUCUGCAAAAGGAGAAAUCAGUUGAAAAGGUUGUCUACAGAGAAGUUGUUCGUGUAGAGAAAGAUCCAGCAUUGGAAGCUGAAAGGAAACAUCUAAGAGAGUUAGUAGCGCAGGAGAGAAAUCUCAGGCGUAACCAGGAGGAUAACUUUCAGAACAUCAACAUCAAAAUGACCCAUCUGCAGACAUCGAAGUCAGUGACUUCUCAGGAGGAGACCGCUGUCAUCACCAACAGAGAUGCUCUGCAGAGCGAGAAGGAAGAUCUCCUCAGACAGCUCAAAAUGUUAGAGUCUCAAAGACAGAACAUCAGCAUUACCUUCCAGCAACAGUCCAAGCUGAUGAGUGAGAGAAACCAGAUGGCACGGCAGAGAAGUCUUAAAUCAUCCUUUGAAAUGCAACGGCUGGAGAAAGAAAUCCUAAACGAAAAAGACAAAAUACACCAGAGAGACACACUCAUCAUUGAGCUGCAGAACAGCAUUAAGAAAGAGGACCAGUCUGAAACUCACACCAGAGAGACAAAUCUUUCCACGAAGAUCACCAUCAUGGAUCCAGAAACUGGUAAAGACAUGUCUCCCUAUGAUGCCUACUUGCAGGGGCUAAUUGAUCGCAACCAGUACAUUCACCUUUCGGAGUUGGAGUGUGACUGGGAGGAAAUCACUUCAACCAGCCCAGAUGGGGAUACAACAGUUCUGCAGGAUCGCAAAAGUGGGAAGCAGUACUCUGUCAAGGAUGCUCUGAGGAAUGGUCGCUUGACCCAGAAUGACGUGAUCCGCUACAAGGAAGGGAAAAUGCACAUUUCUGAGUUUGCCCUCCUUGUGGUAGGGGAAACCAGAAAGCCCUACAUUCCUCCAAUAACAGCCCCAAGAUCACCCAUCAAACCCACCCCACCCUCUCCUUUGAACUCCAUGCCAACCUCCCUGAGGUCCUCCAACACCAACCUCAACACUCAACGUUAUGGCAGUUUGAACAACCUCAGUGCUUCAGCAGGUGAUGAACAUUUUCCCAUCUCCGGUAUUUUUGAUACCACCACUGAAAGCCGCAUGUCUGUGAGAAGUGCACUGACCCGCAAACUCAUUGAUGCCGACACAGCUCUGAAGCUAUUGGAGGCACAAGCAGCCACCGGUGGAAUAGUUGAUAUUGCCAAAAAGGACAAACUGUCUGUCCACAAAGCAGCUGAACAUGGUCUCAUUCACACAGAUCACAAGUACAAGCUUCUGAAUGCCCAGAAGGCCUUCACUGGAGUCGAGGAUCCCAUGACCAAACAGCGUCUCGCAGUAGGACCGGCAGCACAGAAAGGGUAUAUUCCCCAAGAAAAUGCCAGGAGGUACAUGGAGGCGCAGUACCUGACCGGUGGCUUUGUGGAUCCCUCUAAAGCAGGCCGCCUCACUGUCCAAGAAGCUCUCGCCACCAAUCUGAUUGACAGCACAACAGCUAAUGAGCUGCAAGAUGAGGCUUCCCUCACAAAAGAGCUAGUAAACCCCAUCACUAAAGAGAAGAUAUCAUACAAGCAGGCAAUGGAUCUGUGUAAGAAAGACAUCAGCACAGGACUCCUGCUGCUUCCUGCAGCCUCCACUGAUGCCGCAAAUGCCCCAUCAUACUCAAACUAUCGGUUCAGUUCUUCCUACAGCAAAGUCUAGAUGUGAACUUUAAGAUGUUUAUGUUAAGAUUAACAUGUUUUAUUUACCACAGCCACUGGUGCUAGAGGCUGUAUGACAAUGCUAUACACAAUAUACGUAAAUAUAAAAAUGAAAAAUUGAUAUGUUCAACACUGGGAAAAUACUUUUAUGGUGAAACUGUACAUGUGUAUCUGUGUUUUUUUUCACUGCUAUUUUUGGGUCUGCUGUAAAAAAAAAAAAAAGAAGGGUUAUGUUUGUUUUAUAUGCUUAAUUGUUUUUCAGCACUCUCAAGCUAAAUCCUUCAUAAGUUCUUAUUAAACUCCACAAGCCUGACAAUCA